AAUGGCAGUAGACAGAAUCUGCUAGAACAGAUUGAUUGUCUUCCAAUAUCUCAAUCCGAUGAGACUGAUAACAACGAUCCUGUUAGUCUUUGUUUUCAGAGAAAGACUGAAGUCUAUUGCAACACUUCCCCUUUUCCUAUUUCACAGCUUUUGGAUAUAAAAACUGAAAAGAAAGUGGAAAAUAGUACACUGGAAGUACACCAUGAUGAAAAACCUCAAUGGUUUACUAUGCAUAAUGUCUUUCCCUAUAGAAUAGAAAGAAUUCCAGUAGUGAGAUUGCUUGACUGCUAUCAUAUUAAAGCACUGUUAAAUUCUACAAGUGUCAAGACAAUUCAAAGCUAUAAAGUUCAUUGUGGAUCCCUGCAUUUUACACUUGGUCAAGGGAAGAGUCUUUCUUCCAGUACAGGUAUGGGACAGAAUGAUAUGAGUAGUGGCCCUAACAUAAUGCAACCUGAAUUUCCAAAAAGAAGCAUUUUGGUUGAAAAGGGAAUGUGCCAAAAUACUAAGAAUUCAAGAUGUCAAAGCAGGAAGCAAUUCAAGGAAAUUAAGUGGUGUGUGAACUUGAAAAAUUCAAGCAAAAAGACAAAAAUGUCAACAGACCUAGAAGAAUCAACAGUUCAGGAAAUUCUCUCCAAUUUGACUAUAAACAACAAAUGUGGGCUACAAAUUGAAGAUAAACCUGCCAUGGCAGAUUCUUCAACAACUUUGGAAACAAUAAAUUAUAGUGAAUUGACUUCUUUAGCUUUACUUGCCCAUACAUCUGAUUUCAUUCCAGAGCAGCCUUCUCAAAAACAGCUUUUCAAUUUGUCUAGCAAUGAAAAGGUGAGUGCAGUACACUUUGUCACAUGCAAUGCUGCUGGCUUUCAAAAAUCUAACGUUCUCCCAAAAAAUGCCCUAGAAUUAAAGCACAUAGAGCCGCAAAUUCACUUUAGCAAUGAAGUAGGUGACAGUGAUUCCAUAAUGGAGACAGUGGUGAGUGAAACAAUUAUUAGCUGCAACAGUGAUGUUGCUGGCUGUAUGAACAGAGGAAAAAGAACACCUAAAGAAAAAGAAGUAGGUAGUGUUGUGAGAAAAUUGCAGCUAUAUAGCUGUCAAAGAGCAGUCCCAAUUUCUGGUAAAAAAGUUUGGCCACGUGACUCAUGUGCCAGAACUACUUUGUGGGUUGAUAAAAAUCAUGUAUCUGACUCAGAAUUUUUAAGAGGUACUGAUUUGGUAGUUAACUCUGGGCAGCAACCUAAGCCAUUGACAGGUACUAGUAAAACUUCUGCAAUUACUUUAAUGGAUCAUACAGCAGUUUCUUCUAAUGAAAGCCCAAAUUCAAUAACUCUAUCUCAUACAUACAAGGCUCCCUCAGCUAUUGCUAGUGAGAACAGUUUUUCCUCUAUGCAUAGGGAAAUACCUAAACAGUGUACAUCUAGUAAUAAAACAGUGAAGAAAUCAAAAGUAGCUUCAAAUUCACUAGUGAAAGAUGCUAAAAAAAAAGGAAAUAUAACAAACAGGACUACUUCCAUAGAUACUCAGAAUGGUGCAUUUGCAGAUAGCAGAAGAAACAAGAUAAACUAUCAGAAGACCUCUAUAGCUGAACAGGAACUACUAUUGAAGACAUUAAUCACAGGGAACUUGCCGAACUUCAAAAUACCUUUACUGAAGGAUAAAAAUGAAUCACGAAAACUAGAUUACACUAGAUUAUCGGAAAGGGAUACUUGCAGUCCUUUGAACAUGCUAGAUGAUUCUAUGGCUUCUGUAAAGAAAGUCAGAACUAAAGAGACUUCAUCUUGUGUAAAAUCUAAGCAUCAUUUCCACUCUGAACAGUUUAAUGAUACUAACAUUCCGGAGGACUAUGCAGACCAUCUCAAUGAUGUUCCUGAUAGACUUUCUAAAGAGAAAAGUGUUUGUAAUAAGGGUGUGGGAAUUUCCCAUGAGAAUGAACUGGAGCUGUCAACUUUGGAAGAUAGGUCUGGCUCUUUGAGUACUGGACAUAUAGAGAAGCAAAUGCUACCAUUAGAAACUAAUGCUGAAAGUAAUUACACCAAUAACUGUACAAAGGACAAAGUUAACUUCUGUACAGAUGUUCUUAAGGCUUAUGAAGAGGAUGUUCUUGUGAUUGAUGUAAUUCCGGAUGAUCCUGAUCUGUUCGGUGACAUUGAUGAACAAGAAGCUGCAAAUGUAAAUAAGCUGUGUACUAAAAAUGUUAAUACCAACAUUUUCUCCAAAGAAAAGCUAGAGUUAGAACCAGAAUUUCCUCAGCUUCCAAGGAGCAAACAUUUGAAAUGCUAUUCUAGAGAGAGUCCAAAUCAAGAUUAUGAAACAAUGAAAUCUGUCAUAGAUGCUGAGGUUUCAUUGAUAGAAGCUGAUGAAAUUAAAUCAGAGUUCCUUAGUGGAAUCAGUUCUAUAGGAGGUACAGCAGAGUCAUCUCUUGAGGAUGGACAGCUAACAGAAUCAGAUGAUCUUAUAAAGAGCUCUGACAUAGAUAGAAAGUACAAAUUGUCAGAGAAAAUGCUUGCCAUUAAAGAAGAAACAACAAAUGUUCAGGGCAUUGCAGUAACCUUGGAAUUUAGUGAGAAUGCACAGUAUAUUUUACCUGCAAACUGUGACCAUCAACUGAAAUUGCUGCUUCCUGCUAAUACAGCAACUGCUUCCCCACAGCAAGAUGUAUCAGUGAAACCAUGGACAAAUGUAUUUUCAUCUUCAUUAGAUUACAGAUUCUCCAAGAAAGGUCCUCAGUUGCCUUCAUCAUACUCUAAUGGUUUUGAAUCUUGGAAAAUAGAGAGAAAUACAGUGACUAAUUUAGGAUUGCCUUAUCUACCUCGUGGAUACUGUAGAUCACAUUUCAAUACAUUGAAUGGUUGUGAGAGACCAGAUUGCUGGUAUUCGCAUUUUCCUGUAUUAGGGAAUGAAAAGCUUUGCAGUGACAUACUUAAGAAAUACAUAAGUAUUGGAGAAGUAGUUCUGCUGCAGCGUGCAGUACAAAUCUUUACACAUUACUACAAAGAAGGUAUUCCUGUGGAGCACCUGAAUUCAGAAAUACUAAAUAACCUGCUAACAUCUUUGCUGCAGUCGUGUUUGCUGAAAGAACUAUUUCAUGUAAUCCACACUAGCAUAAUGAUUAAAAUAUUGCCAACUGCAGAUGUUCUUCUCAAAGUGUUUGAACAUGUGGCUUCUAUGAAAUUAAGAGAUGCAGUGCCUGAGUUAAUAGAAAUCUCUUGUAAGCUUGUUGAUUCUGGAAUGAUUCUUGGAUACGAGCAUGUUACCUAUAUCACCAAGCUUCUCAAUCUUCUACAGGUUUCUGCUCAGGAAAUAAGCAUGUUUUUGUCCAAAUUUCAGGGAAGGGAUUUCCAGAAACCCAGGUUUUGUGACUUUAAUUCGGCAAUAACAGAGUUUCAGCAUUGUAAAGAAAAGGGUGACUGGACUAAACUAGGAACUUUAUACAUUAAUGUGAGAAGAGGGUGUGAAAAUUUUGGUGACCUUGAAAAGUACUCAUUGUGCAUUGCUAACAUCCUAAUGAGUUCCAUGAAGACAGAAAGAUCAAGCAUUCCUUUUUGUGAAUUUGCAACUGCAGUUAAUGCUGAUCCAUAUCACAAUGAAGCAGACACAACUUUACUGGGAAGGAUUGGUAUCAGUGUUAUGUUUUCAUAUUAUAAAGUACAGCAAUGGUCAAAGGCCAGGAAGGUUCUGGAUGUGUUCCAUGCUUUAAAAAUAAAUUUCACAUUUUUUAAAGGACUUCUUGGUGAAGAAAGAUUAGCACCAAGAUGCCACAUUGUUAAUGUUGCUGUGGAAAUUUUUCUCAAAUGUGGGAGCCUAGAUGGAGCAAUAUGGGUACUAAGAGAGUCAGAUUGGAUAAUAAAUACGCUAUCAUGGCCUUGUGAUAGAAUGGAUGUCCUCAAUCGACAUAAUUUGCUAUGUACAAUUGCAUCUGAAUAUAUUACAAAAAGCCGAUAUGGAGAGGCAUUUGAAGUCUUGCAAAAUCUACCAGGGUUUGAGAAUUCUUGUGAUACUCUGGAUGUAUCCCAGUACAGCCUUUUGUUUAAUAAACUGCUGGAUGCUUGUUUAGAGAGCAAGAACCUUGGAAUAUCAUCUAAUGCGGUAGAAUUCAUGUUAACAAAGAACAUUCCUAUCCAAUUCAAUUUACUUCGGGCAUUAAUCACAGCACUAGGAAGAAGCUGUUUGUGGCUUAAAGCCAGGACACAUUAUAAAAGUGCUUUAGCAUUGGGUUGUUACCCACCACUGAAGGGAAACCUUUACCGCAAACUUCUGCUGAUUCCAUCUUAUAUGAGUGAGAUUGAAAUGCUGUUAGCAAUUGAAAUCUUCUUGGUUUCAAAUGCUAGUUGUGUUCAAAGCCCUGGUGCAUCCAAUCAGAUACUUCAAAUAAUACUAAAAAGAUGUGAAGACAACAAUGUACGAAAUGAAGAUGACUAUCCAAGUGCAGUGGAGAGGCUGAUUCAAGCAGCUCGUAUAUCUAGUCCAAAGCUUUUUAUAAAGCAUUUGACAGUAAACAUUAACAUGGAGCAAGUUUAUACUUUGGAGUAUGCUUGUGUACUUAAAUGGUUGAAAGAGAAUAUGAAGUGGGCAGGAAAAGUCUGGCUGUUUUAG